UGCAUGGGGUCGAGACUUUUUUUUACGACACCUGUUCUGCCUUCGUCAUCAGUGUGCGCCGCGCCGGCGGAAGUUUUCGGGGAGAUGAUACACGUCUGUACAGUUGGUGUUCUCCGGGGGGACAAGCUGACUGUCCAUAGCAGAGUAACACGCUGAUGAACCAUGAGAUUAGGCCAUUUGAUACAUUCCGCUGGAGCUUGUGAAAAACAAGAGACUUACUAGCUAGAUCACCAGAUGAAAAGAGAAGAAAGAAAACUUAAAAAAAGAAACUGAUACAGCAAUCAUUAAUUGGCAGAAUUGGAGGAUUAGAUGCCUUUUUCUUCUCUAAAAGAUGAGUGCAGAGUGUUCCUCAUCAUCAGCACGACCGAAGUGCAGAGUACAGUCUGCCCUGAAGAAGAUUUUUGGAUUUGACUCUUUUCGGUCUGAUCUGCAGGAGAAUGCAACUCGUACAGUGGUUAGAGGUGACAAAGAUGUGUUCGUGUGCAUGCCAACUGGAGCCGGCAAGUCUCUCUGUUAUCAGCUUCCUGCUGUUCUUUCAGUGGGAAUUACUAUUGUUAUUUCUCCACUCAUUGCGCUGAUUCAGGAUCAAAUAGACCACCUUGAAGCCCUGAAGAUUCAAGCCUGCUCCCUCAACUCCAAACUGCCCGCUGCAGAACGCAGACAAAUCAUGCAAGAUCUGGAGUGUGAGAGCCCCAAAACCAAGCUUCUGUAUAUCACCCCUGAAAUGGCCGCUGCCUCAUCUUUUCAGCCCACCCUGAACAUGCUGCUUUCUCGGGGCCUCCUGUCCUAUCUCAUCAUAGAUGAAGCCCAUUGUGUCUCUGAAUGGGGCCAUGAUUUUCGUCCUGAUUACCAGCGUUUGGGGUCCUUGAGAGCUCGCUUGCGGCAAACACCCUGUGUUGCUCUCACUGCCACAGCCACCAAGCAAGUACAAGAUGACAUUAUAUCAUCGCUGAAGCUGCGCCAACCAAUUGCAAUGUUCAAAACACCUUGCUUUCGAUUCAAUCUUUUCUAUGAUGUUCAGCUGAAGGAGCUUUUGUCAGAUCCUUAUGGGAGCCUCAAGGAUUUUUGUUUAAAAGCUCUAGGAGAGAAGAAACCUACAGGGGGUUUCUCCGGCUGUGGAAUAGUGUACUGCCGAACCAGAGACUCUUGUGAGGAAGUGGCAAUACAAUUAACUCAGCGAGGCGUCCCCUCCAAGGCCUAUCAUGCUGGUCUCAAAGCAGGAGACAGAGCGAGUGUCCAGAAUGAGUGGAUGGAUGAGGUUGUUCCAGUGAUAGUGGCCACCAUCAGCUUUGGAAUGGGAGUGGAUAAAGCCAAUGUCAGGUUUGUCGCUCACUGGAACGUUGCCAAGUCAUUGGCUGGCUACUACCAAGAAUCAGGACGGGCUGGCCGAGAUGGCAAGCAAUCUUUUUGCCGCGUCUACUACUCACGUACUGACAGGGACCAAGUCAGCUUUCUCAUCAAAAAGGAUAUCGCUAAAGCUCAGGCGAAAAGGAAAGAUACCAAAUCAUCAGACAAAGCUGCAAUGGUUGGAUUUGAGACAAUGGUGAAUUACUGCGAGGAGCAGGGGUGCCGCCAUGCUACCAUUGCAUCAUAUUUUGGUGACACGAAGCCUCAGUGUAACAAGUGCUGUGACUGUUGUAAAACCCCUCAACUGGUGAAGAAACAGACUGAACACUUACAGACCCUGCUCCUAGGGAGAAGCAGAACUUCUAUUGAGCAACCUGGAGCUCGGCCUGGACCAUUUGGCUAUAACUCAGAUCUUUAUGAAGGCGGCAGGAAGGGGUAUGGGUUUGAAAGAUUUGAUGAGGAUGAGGAUUCUGAUGGAGGACAGGAGGAUACAACUGACAGGAAGAAGAAAUGGAACAGUUUCUUUCAGAAACAGAUGAAGCUAAGGAAGAGCAAAGAGCUGGAAGAAUUCAUUCCUCCAAGUGAGGAUUCUCCACUUAGAGAUGGGGCUAAUACUAAAAUUCCUAAACUCACAGUUAAGGCUAGGGAGCAUUGCCUUAAGAUGCUGGAAGAAGCACUGAGCAAAAAUGCCCAAAUGACUGACAGCCAGUAUAGGAUUGAUGCAGCUUCAUCUGCUGUGGACCUAGAAUAUGAGGUUUUUCAAAACAGCAAAGUGUCAAACGUCUAUAAAGCAGCAGUGCUGAAAAAGGUGAAUGAGAUUAAUAAGGCUUCUAAGGAUGGUGAGGUGUAUGCUGUGCUUGGUGAACCUUCGAGAAAAACCGAGAAAACAGAAGAUCCACCCGAAGAUGGAUUUGUAGCUGCCGCUCAGUUUAAACGAAAGAGAGUGGGUGCACCUUCUUUAUUUCAGACUGCAUCUAGUUUUCUGCAAAACACAACAGCAGAACCGCCACAGACUAAUCAUGGCUCCAUAGAAGAGUCAGAACCCAGCAAUUCGAAUUCACUCCUGGCAAACCGUGCAGGUAGCAGUAAAAAUGUAAACAGCCCAAGCAAAAAGCCCUAUCUUAGUAAGAAGAAACAGGAGCUGGUCUCUGCAGCAGCCAAAGACUCGCAAAACAUUGCCAAGUUUUUUUCUUCUCCGGUUAAACCUAAGGUCUCAAAAAGUGACAGCCCCACUGUAUGUGAAAGCACUUCUACCAAUCAAAACUCUGACUCUUUUAUUACCUCAGAUGUCUUGAAAGAGGAGCAGAGUAGUGAUAAAGAAAUUGUCAGACGUUUACCAGCUACAGACAAUUCAGAAAACACAACUGUCCAGAUGCCGAGAAGAAAUAUUCUGUUUGAGAACUAUAAAACUGAACAGUCGCUGGAGACAAAAGACCAGUCUAGCACUUUAUUUGUACAUCAUUCAGACAGUAUGGAUGUUUCCGAUCAUCUCCAAGAUAUGCAUAUCUCUAAAACAAGCACUGAGGAUACCUUGACUCUGUGCCCAUCACAAAACCAGAAACUAUCUACUGAUUCUUCAUGUCAUGGGAGAUUAAAGGAGUCUGUGAAUUCCAAUAAAUAUCAAAACCGUUCUGGCCAACAUGAGUUAGAGAAGAAGGCAUCAGGAGAGGAGGAGUCUGACGAGCCUACCAGAAAGAGGCCAAGAAUAGAAGACAAAUCCAGCUCCAUUUUGUCCCAUCAAGUAAAAAGCAACUUUGGCAAAAAGAAAGUGACUUUCGACCCAAAUCUCUCUCGUGAAGACAAGGAAGGCACUGCUAAAAUAUUGCAGCCACCUGGGAAUAAGGUGGUGACUCUUAAAGAGACUGCUGACAUUGUGGUGAAAUAUUUGACCCCAUUUUUCCGGGAUGGGAAGUUUGCUUCCAAGGACCUGUUUAAAGGAUGCGCAAGGCAGCUAUCUCACCACUUGGCUGGGGAUAACAAGAAACCUCUGCGGAAAAAUGUGAAAGAAGACGCUCAGAAGCUGAUCAAGGCAUUUUUUAAGAACCGGCCAAAGUGUGAGAGUGAGACGGAUUGGCAGGAGAUGCUGCAAGCUGCCACCUAAUGCCAGUACUGAAGAGCUGCCACCAUGUACAUGACUUAUCUAUGCACUAACAAGAGCGCUCAGUGGAGCACACAGCUACCUCAUACCACCUGUUGUACUAUUCAUCAGUCUGUGUGUGUCCCGCCUGUUCUCUGCUGUCCUACCCAUUACAUUGGAAUGGUUUAUGUCGGAUUUAGACCAGUCUUUUUUUUGUUCCUUUCUGUGCUGCGCUUCCUAUAAACUUCUCGUCAGUACAGCACCAAAUAGUGAUGUUGAGGUAAUAGAGGGGACAGAAUCAUCACUGUGUACAUUUUUGUGGUCUGUUCUUCCUUGGCUAAAUUAUGAAUUCUUUUUAUGUUUAGGGAACCCAUGCAAACACCACAUUGAUGUUUCCUAUAGAGGUGAAACCAAAGUUAUAGCAUGGACUGCUGCUUAUAGAUGUCAAUAGUCGACUCUUUUUCAGAUACUGCUACUGUGGUGCCAUCUUGUGGAUAAUGAUGGCACAACUACUAUCUUGUCAUACUACUGUAUCACUGAACAAACAAGAGUGACUUGGUUGUGCUGCUAUUGCUUUUUCAUGCUGAUUCUAGGAACAGUAGAAUUAUUUGCUGUUAAAGUGUAUGGAGGUAUAACAAUACAAGUGCUGGAGAGUAAACGUCAUAGGGUGCCAGGCUGCACUUGUUUUGUUAGAAUAAGGCUUCUCACUGGGCUGGCUAAGUAGUAAUACAAAUACUGACUUUCUGAAAGGUCAGGCACAUUCCUCUUGUGACAGUUCUUUGCCUGGUUACUAGAUCUCAUAUAAGAUUGAACUUAAUGUCAUUUCAAAGGUCAUUUUCAAUUCUUUCACUAAAAUUAAUCCUGGUGAUCAUGCCAUGAAGAUUACCCAGAUUUCUUAUAAGAAAUCUGGGUAGUCAAUUCAACACACAAUGAUACAGGUAUUUAUAUAGCACUGACAAUUUCCACAACACUUUGUACAUUCAAAUCAGCGCCUGCUACAAUCUAAGGUCCCUAACUCACAUGUGUACAUAUACUAGGGCCAGUAUAGACAUGAGAAAAUUGACCAACCAGUAUUUAUUUGGAGUGUGGGGGGGGGGGGACCCCAUGCAGGCACAGGAGAACAUGCAAACUCCAUGCAGGUAGUGUCCUGGUUGAGGUUUAAACCAGUGACCCUGGUGCUGUAAGACAGCAGUGCUAACCCCUAAGCCACUGUGCUGCAUGUAAUGUUGUCAUGUUCCACUGUUUUUACCAUCAGGAAUCUCGUUCUGAAAACUGCCAUGCAGAAAGUGACUGCAACAAGGCUACAGGAGAUGAACGCUACUGAGAUAAAACAGUUUUUCAUUUUUUUUUUUAAACAUGACAAUUGUUUGACAUGUAAACAAAAGUAGAAAACGCGGUGGCAAAAAAAUAGUAAAGCCGCAAGCAAAAACAGUCAGACAUGCUGUGCAAUAGGACUUGGGGACAAGAUAUGCAGUACUAAUAGUAAUUACACUAGGUAAUCAAGUAUAUAAAAGUGAAAGUUCAAAAAAGUCCAAAAAGUAGUAUGUGCAAUUGUGACAGUGGUUCCGGUCACAGGCAGAUCACAUUCCACCACCAAUACAAGAUGGACUCUUACCUAUAUUCAUGGACACCAUUACGGAGUCAGAUGCGCAUAAUACAGUGUGUCCACAUGUGCCAAAAUUCCAAACCUCCAGGAAUCACAAAUGAUCCAAGGAUCUCCCAGUAAAAUCACAUAUAAUUCAGGUACAUCUCAGUAGAUGUGAUGGAAUAAGGUGUCACCAUGAAAAGCUUACAUAGUAUAAAACCGCAAAAGAGCUUUUAUUGAUGCAAAAAGGGUGAUUAAAAAAUACUCCCAUAAUUUAUAAUACAAUCAGCACAGUCUUUAAAUCCAAGGCUCCCAAAACCAUACAUAAGAAAGGUCAUUUACAGAGCAGGGGAAGUGUGGUGACGACACGUAUGUUCGCUCCGCCAUACACGUUUCAUCAUAACUGACGCCAUCGGGAUCAUAUUUGAAUACCUAUUGUAAUCACUAUUAGCGCUGCAUAUCUUGUCUCUAAUUGGUUAACAUGUAAUGCUUUAGAAAUCUAAAUGCCUACUUUAAGAAGUCUCCAGCAGCACAGGGAGAAGGAGUAUUCUGACAAAACCGUUACAUUCUGUCAGCUAUGACGCAUAUUCUGCAGCACUUACCUUAAUAUUUUUUCAUCGUACAGGUUUAUUUUAUAUUCAGACUUUAAUUAAAAGUACAUAUCCCCCUUCCCUCUCGUUCCUUGCACAUCAUUUUUUUUUAUUUCUUAUUGAAAAACAUUCAUCCAGAUGGUGCGCAAUUGUCCUCUGUCCUCAUCCUGUCGUCUCUCCAGCGACAUCCUGUGGAUGAAGUAGAGUGGUGCAACCAUGUCACACAGCAGUGACGUACAUGUGUUGUCAGUACUGGAAGAUUGGGGAAGAUGUGCUAAUGGCUACACAUUGCAGAGAAGUUCAAGUGGUGGAGCCAUACCUUUCUGUAAGUCGAUUUCCAGUGUUCAGCUAGAAAGUGUGGCAGCAGCUACUGGACUCUGCAGACUUUCUGUAGGAUACAGAAAGUCAAUAUUACAGCGAAAGCUGUGUUUUUUUUUAUUUUUAACAGGAGUCAGUAAAUUUAAAUUGUGAAGCUGGAGUAGAGCUUUUAUUUCCAUACCCAUUUUUGUUUUUAACAGGAAAAAAAUUUGCUUAUGUUUAGGGGUUCAAUGGGAAAAAAAAUAAAGUUUGCACAUUAGUAAUAAAACAAAGACGGACACUUGUAUUGCUCGAAUAGGAAGGCUUGCAGGGAUUAUGUCUUCAUUGCUGCUUGUGCAUAUUCAAUAUGAAUGUGGUGCUUUUUUAAUAGCCAUAGGUAUUUGACAUUACUGUUAUUUAUCUGACGCUGGAAGAGGUUGGAAUUGCCUUAAAUUUCAUGUGUUGUUUCACCAAGCCAUACAUAAACCUUCGACUACAAGAAAACGCGUGUAAUCACUUACCUUCAUAAAGCAAUUUUUAUUCUUUAA